GAUAAUUGUGAUCUCUGUAAAUAUGAAAGCUAUCGGAUUUCAUAUGUGAUGGUUGCAUCACGUCUUAUGAAACAAAAAUGGAAUCAUUUUAUACAAUCUCGUUUGCUAAAGUGGCAGUAACUCCGUCACCUAUUUAAACCCCGCCCAUUUUCUAGGUUUGAGGUUUUUUUUUUCGCGCUCAUAUGUCAUCAUUUUCAUGGCUUAAUUUCAGAGACAAGAAACUGGAGAACCCGCCAUUGAAGAGCAGAGAAAGCCCUGCUUCGACCUCCUUAAAUGGCAAGGAUCCUUCAUGGGCUUCAACGUUUUCGAACUAUCAUAGUGUACUCUUCUUCCUAUAAUGGUGUUCCUGCAAAUUACACGGCUCUUGAAAAUCUGUUAUCACCUAAGAAUUACCAGAUUUUUUCCGAUUUUCACAGUCAUAUAGCGUACAGAUCCUUUUCAUGGUGGAAUUCGAGUGGAAACCCUAAUCCUCAGGCUGAUAAUCAUAAUGGUGGACUUGUUUGUAAACUGAGUGAGGACUUGGGGAGAGAUGCAGACGUAUCAAGCCGACGAUUUGAUGCCCAAGCAGUUGCAGAAGGUGCGGAAGCUCUUGCAGAGAGUUCGGGAAAAGGGAUCGAGUGGUACUUUCCUGUUGAUGGUGUGAUUGGUCUACUUGAUGGGCUCCAUGGUGUCACUGGUCUUCCAUGGUGGGCUGUCAUUACUACGUCUACACUUGCGCUUAGGAUGACAUUGUUUCCCAUACUUGUUUUGCGGCUCAAGCAGUUGGAGAAGAUCUCAGUCUUAUUCCCAAAAUUGCCUCCAAUCCCAAAUCCAUUCUCAGGAGGGAAUUUCCAAGAACAAUUUGUGCUCUUUCAAAAAGAAAGAAAAGCUAUUGGAUGUCCCUCGCUUAUGUGGAACUUUGCAGCCUUUGCUGUCCAGGCACCUUGUUUUAUAUUAUGGAUGAUGAGCAUUCGAAGAAUGUCACUCAACCAUCAUCCUGGAUUUGAUUCUGGUGGCAUGUCAUGGUUUCAAGAUUUGACACAGUAUCCACAUGGUGAUCUUGCUCCUAUGUUUCCGAUAAUAGUCGCGGCGUUGCAUUUUGCUAAUGUGCAGGUAUCUUUUGCUACAGUUAAGGUGGGAGACAUACCUGGGCUGUUGGGUUUAAUAACCAAAUAUUACAAGCUGUGGUUGAAUAUUAUGACACUCCCCAUUUUUUUUAUUGGGUUUUGCAUUCCCCAGGGGAGCUUACUGUACUGGUUCACAAAUAGCUCAUUGACCCUAGUUCAGCAAAUUUUACUGAAGCAACCGUACAUUCUCAAAUAUUUUGGGCUACGAGCAAAUUUAGGAAAUCCAGCCCUUAGAGUUCCUAAGGAGAAGUUAGACCAGGAUGAUCUGCUUGUUAUUGCUUACCAACAGUUGGCUAGCGGACAUCAAGAAAAAGCACUUUCGUUGUUACGAAUAGCACUCGAGCAAGAUCCUGAAAUGACCAAAGCCAUGAUUGCUAUUGGAGAGAUCCUAUUGUCAAGAAAAUUACUGCCUGAGGCUGCUGAAAAUUUUGAGCGUGCUAUUGCAAAGGCUAAAGACGGAGCUGAUAGCCUCCUAAUUGCGGCAUACUUCGGAGCUGGAGUUUCUUAUUUUUUGCAGGGUAGCAAGUCAGUUGGCAUAGAGUAUCUUAAAAAGGUAACACUUUUCAAGGAACCUGAAGAUCCUUGGCAAAAGGCUUGUUACUACAAGGCCUUUGUCACUUUAGGAAGUGCUCUAUUUCAAGAAGGUUUGAAGGGUGAAGCUAUGGGAUAUUUGCGUCGAGCUGCAGAAUAUGAUUCUGCUGUCAUGGUUUAUGUCAAAGAAUGCGAGAAUGAUGAGAAUACAACAACAACGGUUGGAGAGCUUACAAGGUGGGUCUUCAACAUUCAAAUAAAAGCAAGCUUUUCCUGGAUGGAAACAAUUGUAUGUGAGUAUGAGCACCCUAUUCAAGACCACUGGCCAUCCAAAGGCUUGUAUUUUUGGUGGGGAAUGAAUGGAUCAGGACUACUGAUUGACGAUAGGGAAACGGUUGGUGCACAUCACAAACAAUAGCAGAGCAGCAUUCAUUCCUUGUCAACAUCCAUUUUGAAGGGUGUAUUCAUGGAGGAUUAGGCACAUAGGGGGUAAUAUUCUCAUGGUCGGUUUUUGUGUGUGUGUGUGUGUGUGCGUGCAUGAGUCAUGCUUGGUGGGUUAGGUUUAAGUCCAGGUCCUAAAUCACAAGAUGGGUUCGAUUCCAACUUGUAUGCUAUUGGGUUAGGUUUGAGUUGCAGCCCAACUUAUGAGGCCUUAUUGUUUGUCUUUACAUUGGUCUCUCUUUAGUGUAGAUGUUCUAUAGCCUUGGAAUUGAACAAAACCCCACUACUUCAUUUAGUUUUGUAAUCCACCAAGAAAGCUAUCAUUGGGUCCAAAAAAGUAGUCCAUGGGAGCUUUGAAUUUGAUUAAUCUGUACCAUCCAUUCUUAGGAAAGAUUAUAGGAAAAAUUAUAGAUACCCCGUUUGACCCUUCUUUCCAAGGCAUGCCACCACCCAAUACUUUGUAAAUCACACUCCUAACCCCAAAACUUUUUAUAUUUGCCCGGCACAACUUGAUAUAGAGCCGGUCUGGCACAUUUUUUGUGCUGGAUGGCUCUGUAUUCAAGUUUUGCCGGUCCGAAUGACAUGUGUUGGGCGUCAUGUUUUGGUAUCAUGGAUUAAAAUGUGAGGGAGGGGGUAUUUUAGUUUUAAAAAAAUCAUUGUUUUACAUGGGGGUGUAUACGAAGAAAAAUGGUUGUUGGGGUCAAUAGUGUGGUAUCAAAAGCGGUUUGGAGGUGGAGGAUGUCUAUAAAGAGCAAAUUGGAGGGUUUUUAUCGUAUUCCCUAUGUUGUAAGAUUAUUCCCACCUUAUAUCAUGUAUGUGUUGCAUAAAGCUACAAUCCCAUGCUUUUAGCUAUUGCACAUUACUUCUUUUUUUCUUUUUGAUGAAGUUAACUGUUGUACUAAGAGGGGAAAAUAGUACAAAGUUGAGUCUCCAAAAGGUAUGAGACUAUUUACAGACAAAAAUGGCAACCCUCUUAGAUGGACCUCUAUAGAAGGCUUCCAAUGGUGGGAAAAAUAGCAAAGGGGAAAAAUAGUGUCGAAGACUGCACACAAAUGGACUGAGCAUGCAAAAAAUAUCUGUGUUAUAGAUGUUUAGAGCGCCCGCAUUAGCGAGAGAAUAAGUAUGGGAAUUAUUUUCUCGCCAAAUGUGACUCCAUGCAAUUGUGAUGUCCCUGUGCAAGUGAUUAAUCUCUUCAAAGUUGAGAGUCAGAGGCCAGGGACAAGAAGUCGAACCCAAGACCAGGUAAGGACAUUACUAGAGUCGCCUUCUGCUAACACACCUGUGCCCCAUGAGGGAUCGAACAGUUUAAGGCCUUCGAGAAGAGCAAGAGCCUCAGCAGUUUGGGAAUCUGAGUGGCCGAUAUGUCUAGAGAAUGAGGCUAGGAUGGUGCCUUCAUGGUUCCUGAAAAGGCCGCCUAUGCCGGUUCAGGUGGACGCUACGGAUAAGCUUGGGGAAUUCAAUGCCUGUUGAGGUUGAGCAUGGCCACCCAGUUCAUAUGGAAGGCAGAAGGAGGGAAGCCUUUGAAGGUCUUGUGAUUGGAAGCCCAGAAAUCACAGCACAGUUUAUCUUUUCAAAUAUGGCUGACGGGGAUGAACUCCCUGCAAAAAAUAUGUUGAUUGCGUUCGAUCCAAAUGGUCCCAAGAAGAGCAGGUACUGCCGCUUUCCAAAGUAGGAUAUACCUAAUUUGGGCCAGGGAUGGCAAGAGAGAGGAAAAAAGUUGAGGGAUUGAACUGGGGGUUACCUAUUGCCAUUGAAACAACUGAAGGAGGGAUCCCCACAGUUGGAAUGCUUUGGGACAUAGGGUGAACAGAUGGGCAUUUGUCUCUUCACCAGCCUUACACAUGACACAGCGGUUAGGUAUUGGCAUACCCCUUCACUGGAGUUGAUCUACUGUGAGGACUCUCUCGACCAGGGCCAGCCAGUUGAAGAACUCAAUUUUGGGGAGACCAAAGGAGUUUCAAGCCUUGGCUACAAUAGAUGGGGGAGCAUGGAGAAAGGUGGGGGGAUCCAGUAGCUUUUUAUAGGGGGAGGAGACUGAGAAAGAUCCUGAGGGAGCUGGGCACUAGAUGAUGCUAUCCUCGCCUCGUAGGGGAAGGAAAGGUCAAGGAACUCUUGGAAUUCUGCAUCAGAUGGUGGUCUUCUGAAUGUUGGGCUCCAGCUCUAGUCAACCCUAGAACUGGAAAUUGGUCUUCAACUGUGGCUUGACGAUUAAGGGCUAAUGGGAAGAGGGAUCGGAAUUGGUCCUUGAGGGGGGUUUGGCCUAACCACAGAUCUUGCUAAAAACUUACCCGAAAGCCCCUUCUGGGUGGAGUCUAGUGUAGCUUUUGAAAAGGUGAAGAAUGGGGAGUGACUUCCAUAUGCUCGAGGACCUUAUAUUGGCUCUAAACUUGGGCGCCAAAAACAGGGUCUAGGCGAUAUUUGUGGUUCAGUACUGCCUUCCAUAGGUUGGCUGUCUUGAGUUGCGUACCUUCACCACUACUUCCUGAGCAAAGCAAAAUCAAACUUUUUUUCUUUUCUUUUUUUCCUUUUUUUCUUUUUUUUUUCAAUUGCAGUGCUACUUUUCAGCGUAGUGAUUUUUAAUAUCUAUUACUAACAUUAACUUGUUGACUUAUGG